UCCCAAGCAGCUCGGUCUCGGAAACUGACCCUAAAGCGGCCUCCUCCUUCUCCCUUCAGCCUGCCCACCUGAGGUCGGGUCCCCAGGUGGCGGCAGAGGCUUGCUGGGCCUGUCGCGGAGCGUUCUCUCGGCCCGAGACCUGGACCUGGGGCACCGGGAGCACAAGAGAGACGCCCGGGCCUGGCCCAGCCCCAGCCCCCGUCUUCCCGCGGCCAGUGACGGUGGCCACAGGCCUCGCCGCGCCCACCCUAGCCUGGGGCGGGGCCCGGCCUCCCCGCCCCGUCCCCGCCCCUCCGGCCUGCCCCGAGCCUGGUCAGUCUGGUCCCCAGCCCUGCGGCGGUGUAACCGCCUCGGACCUCCGGGACUCGGCAGUCCCGUGGCUCCGGCCGCGGGGCAACAUGGAGUUUGCGGAGCUGAUUAAGACCCCGCGGGUGGACAAUGUGGUGCUGCACCGGCCUUUUUAUCCCGCCGUCGAAGGGACCUUGUGUCUGACUGGUCACCACCUGAUCCUGUCUUCUCGGCAGGACAACACCGAGGAGCUGUGGCUUCUCCAUUCAAACAUCGACGCCAUCGACAAGCGAUUUGUGGGACCACUGGGUACCAUCAUCAUAAAAUGUAAAGACUUUCGAAUAAUUCAGUUGGAUAUUCCUGGAAUGGAGGAAUGUUUGAAUAUUGCCAGUUCCAUUGAGGCACUGUCUACCUUGGACUCUAUCACUCUGAUGUACCCUUUCUUUUACCGACCCAUGUUUGAAGUGAUAGAAGAUGGCUGGCAUUCUUUCCUUCCUGAGCAAGAGUUUGAACUCUACUCUUCAGCUACCAGUGAAUGGAGGUUAAGCUAUGUCAAUAAGGAAUUUGCUGUCUGUCCUUCUUACCCGCCAAUUGUCAUAGUGCCCAAAUCCAUUGAUGAUGAAGCUCUUCGGAAGGUAGCUACGUUUCGGCAUGGAGGACGCUUCCCAGUACUCAGCUAUUAUCAUAAGAAAAAUGGAAUGGUAAUCAUGCGAAGCGGUCAGCCACUCACUGGCACAAAUGGGAGAAGGUGCAAAGAAGAUGAAAAGCUGAUAAAUGCUACCCUCAGGGCAGGGAAACGUGGCUACAUCAUUGACACACGGUCUUUAAAUGUAGCUCAGCAAGCUAGAGCCAAAGGCGGCGGCUUUGAACAAGAAGCCCAUUAUCCCCAGUGGAGGCGGAUUCAUAAGUCCAUUGAGAGGUAUCACAUUCUUCAGGAGAGCUUAAUCAAACUCGUGGAAGCUUGUAAUGACCAAACACAUAACAUGGACAGAUGGCUCAGUAAAUUGGAGGCUUCUAACUGGCUGACUCACAUCAAAGAGAUUCUUACAACUGCCUGUCUAGCGGCUCAGUGUAUCGACAGGGAAGGGGCAUCCAUAUUGAUUCAUGGAACAGAAGGAACUGAUUCCACACUUCAGGUUACCUCCCUGGCCCAGAUCAUCUUGGAACCGAGAAGCAGGACCAUCCGUGGUUUUGAGGCCCUGAUAGAAAGAGAGUGGCUGCAGGCUGGUCACCCAUUUCAGCAGCGCUGCGCACAGUCAGCCUAUUGUAAUAGUAAGCAGAAGUGGGAGUCACCUGUAUUUCUUCUCUUCUUGGACUGUGUGUGGCAGAUACUUCGUCAGUUUCCCUGUUCUUUUGAAUUUAAUGAGAAUUUCCUCAUCAUGCUCUUUGAGCAUGCAUAUGCCUCACAGUUUGGAACAUUUCUCGGCAACAAUGAAAGUGAAAGAUGUAAGUUAAAGCUGCAGCAGAAAACGAUGUCUCUGUGGUCCUGGGUCAAUCGGCCCAGUGAACUGAGUAAAUUCACCAAUCCUCUCUUUGAAGCCAACAAUCUCGUCAUCUGGCCUUCAGUUGCUCCGCAGAGUCUUCAGCUAUGGGAAGGUAUUUUCCUACGUUGGAACAGAUCCUCCAAGUAUCUGGAUGAAGCAUAUGAAGAAAUGGUUAACAUCAUUGAAUAUAACAAGGAAUUACAAGCAAAAGUAAAUAUCCUUAGGAGGCAGUUGGCAGAACUGGAAACUGAGGACGAGAUGCAGGAGAGUCCAUGAAAGACCUCCCUAUGACCUACGUAAGGACCUUCCUGGACCUGUAUCCACCUCUUUUUCCUUUGGCCCUUCAGUUCACUUUUACAAAGUAGCCUUGAACUUAAGGCUUUAGAUGUGAGAACCCUCUAAAUGUAGUGGAUUUCUCAAUACUUUAUGAAUGAAAUAUACUGUAAUUACUCAUGUUUCAUGUGGCCUGUUAGGCCUCUUUACUUUGGGAGCAGAAAGGAGGUGCUAGUCAUUUUAUUUUAUGUGAAACAGGUGACCUAUUUAAUGCCACUUGCGUUAUAUACCAUUUAUUCUUCUGUGUCUACUUUCCAAACACUGCUCUAGACCGGUCAAGUAUAUGAUUAAUCUCUUUAGGAAAUAUUUGGUAGUUUUAAAAAAGAUUAGACUUUUAAACACUCCAAAUAUAGAAAUAUUUUUCAAAACUGAAAUGGUUGAAAAACCAAGAAUUUUGUGAUUAACAUGCCAUUUCCAAUACCUUUGCCCUUCUCUUUAAAAUAGCUUUGGAUUAACAAAGCUGAAUUCAUUCUCAUUCUGGUUUGUCAAGAAAGGAAAAUCUGAAUAUUUAUUCAAGGUAAAUUAUUUUUGCAAGGGUUAUAGGUUUAAUCCUCUGAUAUUUACGUUAAGAAGUAAAUUUUAACAGUAGACCCGUAAAAGUAUGUGCAAUAUAGAAACAAAGUAGGAAUUUGUUACUGAUAUGGUAUUGUUACUGUUGAAUUGAUUUUUCAGGUUUUUGAGAGUACAUAAUAAAGUGCAUAUCAAAUGCUGGA